CCAACCUACCGACACUUGCGUGGUUACCAGCAGCAGACUGUUCUCAGUUACUUCUUCUCUGAAGAUGGAUCGAUACUUGUUGAUUAUCGUAACAUUUGUCUGUAUUGUGCCGCUUGUGCAAUGUUACCCCAGCGGAAAAGUGACUGCGUCGUGUGACAAUAUGCUACCACAACACAAUUCAAACUCGCCGCAUCAAACCUCCGCUCCGUUCUCUGUAACUACUAACCCGGGGAACUUUAAGGAAGGCGAUACCAUUACAGUCAGUAUCCAGGGAAUCUCCAGUCAAUUCACUGGGUUCCUGUUACAAGGCAGAUUGGUUGGUGGAACCAGUCCUCUGGGAUCCUUCAUUGUAUCAAGUGCACUGGCCCAAACACUCAACUGCAACGGAGUUUCUAAUUCUGCAGUUUCUCACACUUCAAAUGCACAAAAAUCCUCCAUCCAGGUGACAUGGACAGCCCCCACAUCAGGCAAUCUCAACAACAUCCAAUUCAGUGCAACGUUUGUACAAACUUUUGGCACCUACUGGGUUGGAGUGAAAAGUUCAACAGUCACAUACAACGGAACUUCAGUCCCAGCUGUAGGCGUCACUAUACCUGGGACCUCUUCCACCUCAUCCUCGCUGUCCUCAAUCUCCAGCACUGGAUGUGGCGUCAGUAAGGUCUGUUUCAGCCAACCUCUGAACUGUGACCCAUCGGUCAGCCCAAGCUGUUACUUCAUGUCUGCUGUGGCGCCAUCUGGUAAUACCGCUGUCCAGGUGGAGAUGACAGGCAGUUCAAGUGGCUACGUCGCCAUGGGCUUCUCAGAUGACCAGAAGAUGGGAAAUGAUGACAUCUAUAUUUGUGGACUGGGAAGUAAUGGGCUCCUCCAGUUACAACAUGCUUUUUCAACAGGAAGAUCAAGUCCAAAUAUACUUUCUUUGGGAAAUGUUUCUGUGAAUUCCUCAAUGAAUAAUGGUAUCAUUAGCUGUUCCUUCACAACUUGGAACCCCAUCUCAACCCAGCGAUCUAUAGGGUCCAGUUCCCCCUACUAUCUCAUGCUUGCUUAUGGAUCCACAAGUAACGGGAUUAUUCAGUUUCAUACAAAUGCCUUUGUAAGUAGCACUACAGCAAAUAUUUCAAGUCCUGGUCUUGUUUCCACGGGAAGCCAGCCUCCUAUAGUUAAGGCACAUGGCUGCCUGAUGUUAAUAGCGUGGAUGACCACAAGUAGUCUGGGAAUGAUAAUAGCCAGAUAUCUGAAAGGUGUGGCCAAAGGGAAAGGAUGUGGUGGGAAAGAUGUGUGGUUUGUGGCACAUAUGUCUCUUAUGAGUCUCACUGUUGCUGCCACCAGCAUUGCCUUCAUUUUGAUCUUCUCAGAAGUUAGAGACUGGAGUGGGGGAGCCCAUCCUGUGCUGGGCUGCAUUGUUAUGAUCCUGGCCUUAAUUCAGCCAACGGCGGCCAUUUUCCGAUGUGGACCUACAGAUAAGUGGCGAUUCAUCUUCAAUUGGGCACAUGCUUUAAAUGCAUUGUUGAUGAAGGUUUUAGCUGUGGCAGCUAUUUUCACGGGGCUGUUGUGGCUUGACAGCACUGACAACCAAUGGCUUGUGAAGGUGAUGGGUGGGUUUGUUGGAUGGGAGGCAACACUGUACAUCCUUCUAGAAGCGGACAGGUGGUGGAAGCGCAUGGAUACCACAAAGGGCGAUUCUAACUCGACAAUCCUCUUGCUACUGGGCGUGUUUUUCCUUGGCAACAUGUGCUUUUUAGUGGCUCUACUUGUUGGAAUUGGCUCGCAGUGAAUAUCUGCUGAGCAAGGGAAGAUCUUAAUGUUGUGAUAUUUCUACAUUUGCAUUUAGUUAUUUUGAGGACUCCGAUCCAGUGCGACUUAAGUAUGAGACAAUCAAUCAUGCUAAAAAUAGACAUAUUUUUUUUUCUUUUAUAUUUUGUAAUACUCGCUCACACAAUUAUUAUACACAUUUUUACUGUAAUAGAUUUAUUUCAAAAUAUAUACAGAAUUGCCAAAAUGAUUAACAUUGAUCUUAUAAAUAUGCUUUGUUUUAUGUCUCAUGAAAUAAACCAUAGUAACAAUUAAACAUUUAUUUUAGGAGUUUUGUGGACACACAAACAUUCAAAUGGAUGGCCAAGGGUGGACAAGGGGUCCACUCAGGAUUCCACAUAGGCUACCUAAUGUUAACUAUCAGGCUAGCUUGUAUUAGCAUAUUUAAUGAUAUUACUGUACACCAUGUUAAACACAAAACAGAAGACAUUUCUGACAAACCCCUGUGUUUGAUCAGCACCCAAUGGUCAUGCAGGGGACUGGCACAAAGCUAAUAGCCCCACCAUCUCCUCAGAUAGGCUGUGUGUAACAUUCACCAGUCCAUGCUCACAUUGCCAACUGGUCCCUGACCCACAGUUACCCUUCAUUGCAAAUAAAUAGGGCUCCAAGGUAUCAGCGCUUUCAUUGGAAAGAGUUUCACACCAUUAUGGGAUUACACUUCGCCUACGGAGGCUGCUUCUCUGCACACCUGCCUGUAAAGGCCCACUGGAGGAAUGAGCUCCCACACCCUCCUCAAUCAUUUUCAUUUCAUCAGUUUUGAGACAAUUGCAAAAGGCAGAGGCAUGACCAAAGGGGAGUGGAUCAUUUACCAGAUAUUUCUGCCUACAUGUGCUGUGCGCAAUAGGCUGGGGCAAGGUAGGCCUCCUUGAGCAAAGUUAAAUCCUAUAAGACACAAUAUUAUUGUUGGGUUUGUGCCAUGUCUCACAAAAUACUUGAUGUGUGCCUAAUUAUGACACGCAUUUGGGUCAUUCCUGUUAUGGGGUAACAUUUUGGCCUCAUAACUUUUUAGAAAUGUUUUUUUGCAUGUUUAACUAUCAGGAAAAGAUAUUAGUCAAGCUCAGACACUGAAUAAAUAUGGGUAGAUUGUUCAGCCAGACUGUGAAGGUAUUCCAUCCUGUUAGGGACAUAUAUAGUGGGGUGAACAAGUAUUUGAUACACUGCCGAUUUUGCAGGUUUUCCCCACUUACAAAGCAUGUAGAAG